ACGGAGAGGAGUACGGUACUUAUUUUGGGUAACCGCGAAGCGGAUAUCUUCGAGGAGCACAGAAGCGCAAGGAAGAGAUGGAAGAGAAGGGGAAAAAAAAUAUGCCGUAGUGGACGGGUUUCGACAUGAUGGGGGCCCGGUUUGUUUGCACACACUUUUGGUAUUGGGUGGUGGAGUUGCUGGGGUAGUUGGCCAUGCUGGUCUUGAUAAGGAUGGAAAUAGUGAAUGUCUACCGAAGAGGGCUUAUCCGAGGAGGAGACAUGUCCUUGGAUACGAAUGUCGCCCUUAGUCUAUCCCGAUGGUUUAGAUUUGGUGGUCGUGGGGCAGAUGUUGACAUAUUCUCACGACAGACACGGAGGUCCUCGAGAGUGGGUGCUUCCCUCUGGGGCCACCUGGGAAUAUACUGCCCAUCAGAGCUUGGUGAAUCGAUGCGUUACAAACUCCCCCCUUGGAUCGAGUGCCAUCCACCCCUUAGAUAUAACGGUCUACAACACAGUAACCAAUCCCCCUCCUCACCUCCAAAUCUUCAAAAUCCACCUCGCCUAGAACGGGGCCAUAAUACUACGGGUGGGCGACGUCCGAGUACUAUUAAUCAUCUACGUCGGUGUCUAGAACGAUCGCUUGCCUGCCCCGCGCUUCACAACAAUAACAACCUCCACAUCCCCUCUCGCCACAUCCCCUCUCGACCUCCUCUUGCAGGAUCCAAACUGUCCGGGCCGCGCACGGGCAAAUCUAGAUGCGCGUGGAGCGCAAAACGGGCCCCUGUCGGGGUUCUCGCCGGGGGUGAGAGUGGCUAGUCCGCUGCUGGCGUUGUCAGUAUCGGAGCUCUUGUUCACGGUCAGUUCGGGAGGACGCUGGAGAAGAGGACUGAUGAGGGCGGGGAUGAUGGAGGAAAGGGAUGUCGCGAGUGGGGAGUUUAAGGUUAGGUAUCUCAAAAUUGACGGGGAGGCUAGUUUGACGAGCAUUUCUGUGAAAGCGGAGGAAGCGAGACGGGUUCCGGCUCACCCGGGAAUGGGGGGAUUAAAGUAGGAAGUGGAGGUCCUCCCUUGGAGAAAAAACUCCCUCCGGCACCUAUCGGUAUUGCCGAUUCUCCCCCUCCGAGAAGUGCCCUUAAUCACCUCCCCGCAUUUGUGAAAUCCCUCUUGCUCAACCAUCACACGUACACCUCAUCCCUCUCCCCCGACAGCACAACCAUAGGGAGAUACUCCGUCAUCCCACGCACCCCGCUCGGGGUCCUCUUCUGGGGCCUAUUCCGGUUCUCCCAGAUACUCUUAUUACACCUCCUGUCGUAGAUGUUCGGAGCUCUCGGCAAGCGAUACCCUUAUGGUGAAAGAGGGCCUAACUUUGAAUAAGUGAAUAAGUAUAACUUACGAUUGUUAUAUCAUAGAUGAGAUGAGGAACCUCCCUUUUUUCAUUCGUUCUUAUCAUCGGAUAAGAUUGGCGGCCGGUUGGAGAUAUAUUGCCGCUGCUAUUGUUUCGUGGUGUCCGGCGUUAGUUAACCUUCCUCAAACUUGGACCUACCGCGACGUAACUUACAGUACCAUAUUACCUGGGCGUUGUAGGGAUUGGGAUGGAUGGAAUUGAGUUGCAUCCGUUCAUUCGCAAGGUCACGCGUAUGAUACUUUGCGAUAUAAUACUCGGGUGCCCAAUGGGAAAAAAAAUUGACCCUUUUCGAUGAUCACGAAACGGCGGAACAUACCGGGUUGCCUGUGACCGAGGCAAGGUGUCAGAGAUUUUAAGAGUCGUCAGAUGGAAAGGGUGGAAUUGCCCAGUCAGGCCGUUACAUGUUCUUUUAAAAAUGCUUCCCGUCUUCUCCACGUGGAUUUUGUGUUGGUUGGGGUUUCAAUGCUGGAAAGGUCGAAAUCUGGUAACCAUUAUGCCGGUGACACGAUGAAGGUCCCGUCGAUCAUGGAGCAGGAAAAAAAAGAAAGGGAAGAAGGAAAAGAAAUAAGCGAAUAUCACCCAUCUUGUACUGUACCAAGUAAACUGAAUAAUUAAUUACAACACGGUCGGUCAG